CGCGGCCGCGGCGCUGAAUGAGAGACGCCGGGCGCUCGCGCGGGGCGCCGGGGCGGCGGCGGCAGCGGCGCGUGAGGCCCGCGGCGGCGGCGGCGGCUCUUCCAUCCUCCGAGGCGGCGGCGGCGGCGGCGGCCUCCCAGGGAUGACGAUGUCUUUGUGGCCGUGGACGUGAAGCAGUGGCUCCUUCGUGCUGCUGCAAGGGCCGAUGACGGAAGCAUGGACCUGAUGAACGGGCAGGCUGGCAACCCCAGCGUUGCUGCCCCCGCUUCGGAGAAAAGCAGCAGCUCCGAGUCCUUAAGUGACAGAGGUUCUGAGUUGAAGAAAAGCUUUGAUGCGGUGGUGUUUGAUGUUCUGAAGGUGACGCCAGAGGAGUAUGCGGGUCAGAUAACGCUAAUGGAUGUUCCAGUAUUUAAAGCAAUUCAGCCAGAUGAACUUUCAAGUUGUGGAUGGAAUAAAAAAGAAAAAUACAGUUCGGCACCAAACGCAGUUGCCUUCACCAGAAGAUUUAAUCAUGUAAGCUUUUGGGUUGUUAGAGAGAUUCUUCAUGCUCAAACAUUAAAAAUUAGAGCAGAAGUUCUGAGCCACUAUAUUAAAACAGCUAAGAAACUCUACGAGCUGAACAACCUGCACGCACUCAUGGCAGUGGUUUCUGGCUUGCAGAGCGCCCCGAUUUUCAGGUUGACUAAAACAUGGGCGUUAUUAAGUCGAAAAGACAAAACUACCUUUGAAAAAUUAGAAUAUGUAAUGAGUAAAGAAGAUAACUACAAAAGACUCAGAGACUAUAUAAGUAGUUUAAAGAUGACACCUUGCAUUCCCUAUUUAGGUAUCUAUUUGUCCGAUUUAACGUACAUCGAUUCAGCAUACCCAUCAACUGGCAGCAUUCUAGAAAAUGAGCAGCGAUCCAAUCUAAUGAAUAACAUCCUCCGGAUCAUUUCUGACUUGCAACAGUCCUGUGACUACGACAUCCCCAUGUUGCCUCAUGUCCAGAAGUACCUGAAUUCUGUGCAGUAUAUAGAGGAGCUGCAGAAAUUUGUGGAAGAUGAUAAUUACAAACUGUCAUUAAAGAUAGAACCAGGAACCAGUACCCCUCGUUCUGCUGCUUCCAGGGAGGACUUAGUCGGUCCCGAUGUCGGCGCGUCCCCGCAGAGCGGGCGCAAGAGUGCCACCGCUGAAGCAGCCUUGCUCCCCGCCACGCCGCCCUCCCCACGGAACCUCAUCCCCCAUGGACACAGGAAGUGCCACAGCUUGGGCUACAAUUUCAUUCAUAAAAUGAACACAGCCGAGUUUAAGAGUGCGACGUUCCCCAAUGCGGGACCCAGACACCUGCUGGACGACAGCGUCAUGGAGCCCCACGCCCCGUCCAGAGGCCACGCAGAGAGUUCCACAUUGUCCAGCGGCAUCUCCAUCGGAAGCAGUGAUGGCUCUGAGCUGAGUGAAGAGACCUCCUGGCCUGCCUUUGAAAGGAGCAGAUUAUACCAUUCUCUGGGCCCGGUGACAAGAGUGGCACGAAAUGGCUAUCGGAGCCACCUGAAGGCCAGCAGUUCUGCAGAAUCCGAAGAUCUGGCCGUACACUUAUACCCAGGCGCUGUCACUAUUCAGGGUGUCCUCAGGAGGAAAACUCUGCUAAAAGAAGGCAAAAAGCCUACGGUCGCGUCGUGGACAAAAUACUGGGCAGCUUUAUGCGGGACCCAACUUUUUUACUAUGCUGCCAAGUCUCUCAAGGCCACCGAAAGGAAACACUUCAAGUCCACCUCCAGUAAGAACGUGUCUGUGGUGGGCUGGAUGGUGAUGAUGGCUGAUGACCCAGAGCACCCGGAUCUCUUCUUGCUGACCGACUCCGAGAGGGGAAACUCCUACAAGUUCCAAGCUGGCAACAGGAUGAACGCGAUGCUGUGGUUCAAGCAUCUGAGCGCGGCCUGCCACAGCAACCAGCAGCAGGCUCCUACAAACUUGAUGACUUUUGAGUAAAAGCCUCAGAAGGAAGGAGGUGGCCUGCUGCCCCCACACGAGGGCGGGUGGGCGCCGGCCAGACGAGCGCCAGCUACGAAACAGCCGUGUGCCAGGGAGAGCCCGAGGUGCCCGCUCCGCCUCUGAGUUGUGACCCAGAAACAGCGCUCAUUUCCGGGAACGAAGCGUGCUCUUUCCGGACAACAAAUUGGAGUUUGUGGAACAAACUGCCGUGGACCGUGCUUCUUAUCUCUGAACUGACCUGUGGAAACCACUGCCUUAAAGAAUGAAAGGAAACCCACCUAAACACCAAAUAGUGUGCGUGCGUCUCUGGCGGUGCUCUGCGUGCACUCGAGCGUGGCAAAGCCGCGUGCCCUUUACCUUGGUACUCGUUUGGGGGGGAGGGCUGGGGGGGGCGCCUUUUGUUUCUUUUUCUCAGACACACUUGAAAGUGCAGACACGUUUUUCUUAUGGCUUGCACCCGGAGCUGGUUUUGAGGUGCAGUGAUGCCUUGCCUUCAGAGGAGACCCCCGUCAGCCUCUUGAAAGGGGUGCGUGGCCCCCACUUCCUCGCAGGCGUGCAGGGACUGGCAGUUUUCUUGGCCGGGGCGCGGGGUUUGGGAUGGGGGGUUGUUUGGACAUAACCUUCUGAAACUUAGUACUGUACCGGAUGGGAACUCGGCUUCCUGCUGGAUGUGGAAAGAUAGCGUGCGUGCGUGCUUGCGUGUACAUGCAUGUGUUUGUGUGUGUGUGUAUCUGUCUGUCCGACACAUUCUUCCAGUGGGCUGCGGGGAACAUGGCACCUUGUCCUGGCUGCCCAGGUGGUGAAUUCCUUCUGAGUUUGCUGGUGCCCCCCCGCCUCCCUCUGCGUGUGGCAGAGAACUGCUGCUCUUACCGCGGCUGAGCAGCUUGCCUAAGAUUUCCGUUCUCCGGGUGUACCAGCUGCUUCCGGCUACCUGCCCCAGUGACCGUUUGCAUCAGGGCGUCCAGGCGCUCUGGCGGGAGCUGCUUUCAGUGUUCGUGUGCGGUGCCAUGGUCCCUUCCUCAUUUGCUUUGCUGUUCCGUGUGAAGGCCACGCUGCGUUGGGGGCCGGCUUGAGUCUUGGCCCCCGCCCAGUGCUGAGCCUCCCUGGGGGUCACAGGAUGCCUUCUCUGGGCCCCUCAUGCUUGUCUGACCAGUGUUUGCUUUUCUAAGAAUGCUGGGAGUAUGAAACCUGUGGCUCCUACGUUUAUUUUUCCCUUGGUCACAUGCAGGCCAGGUAGAAGGGUUGCACACCAGGACGGCCAGAUCUGUGUGCCCUGCCGGUGACUAGGCGAGAGAGCCAAGCUGGCACCUUCUGUCCCCUAACCAGAGUGGCGGUGCGCAGAAAUGAAAAGCCGUGUUUGGACGCGAGCCGUGUGGGCACGUGUGUAGACCCGUGGCUUCUGACAGACUCUUGACAGAACCAGUUAAAGUCACCGUUGUUGCUAAGUCUUCGCAUUUGGUUUGUUCAAAAGAUUCCUCGCUGCUUUUUUAAGGCCAUCUGACCAUUUGCAGCAGAUGCUAACCAGUGAGAAGAGUAACAAUGACUACUUAAUAGCUCGUGCACCAAAUGAAUAAUAUGUCAUAAUAAUUUUUUUUCCUUAAUGUUCUUCAUGGCUGGACUUUGGGUGUGGGUGUGGAAGAUUCGUGGGCAGGGGAGGGGGUUAGAUGUGAUGAGUGAGGCAAGAGGAAGCCACUGCUUGGGCGAGCGGCUGUGCCCUCAUCGGGGAACUGGGGUGGAAUUUUGUUUUCUGCUGUUAAUGGGUAUCACUGUAUCACUGUCAUCCCGUUGUUCAUCAAUUUACUCGAGCAGGCGCCAGUAACAUCUCCAUUCGUCCCAGCCCUGAGAUUUUAGCAGCCUCUCCUUAUUCAUCUUUCCCAACCAUUGGAGGCUCCUUCAGGGUCAGGGGAAUGGGACCUGUUAUUGUUACUGUCUUUGGCAUAUCGAAUACGCCACGGGGAGCUUGCCAGGCUCUGCCGGUUAAUGGGUAAGCCUCGCUAAAUAGCUUUGGGCCACGACUGUAUGUCAGCUCGCUGUUAUUGAGCAGAAAGGGGCCCAGUGUUGUACAUCCAGCAGAUCUAGAGAAAUGGUCAAAACAUCCGAGUAUCUUUUUUACAAUCCCCUCUUGAUAGCCAAAGUGCUUACAGUUCGGAGAAGCUCAGGGACUUUCUCCCGUGGCAUCUGCUUCCCAUCCACCAGGAAAUGAUCCGGUGUGUUCAUUGAGUCCUUCCGGUCUUUCUGACGGUUUCACUCCAGAACUCUCUCUGCUCUUCCUGAGUGGCUGCUGUGUUGUCGUUUUAGUCCUCUGACUAAAGAGUCCUGUCGGCUGAUUGGGAGGCCGAGGUGGUCCCUGGGGGUUGGGACGGAGUUUCAUCGUGGGCCUCCUUCGGUUUUAUUUCCUGUACCAAUUGUUCAUGUCCCGGGCUACUUGGAUUAAGUUGGUGACAAUGGUCACAGCCCUGGAGCCCCGUCACCUGGUCCUGAAUGGUCGCAGGCUCUUGAGUUUGGACUCGGUGGCGCGUUGCCUGGUCGUGGAGUUGAGGCCCCAGUGGGAAAGAAGCCAGCCUCGUCCCACGUUCAGCCGCCGAAGCUGUGGGUCAGUGACUGUCCCACUGGCAGUGGAGCAGAGGCAGUACCCAGAGCAAUAGCCGAAAGUUUGGGGAACUGUCCAUGUCCGAGUAGGGACAUUUCAGGGAAGCCAAGGAUGCGUGCGAAGGGGGCAGGCUGCCAUGACCUGGGAAGCUCCAUGGAGAAGGUGAAGGUCACGCCGUGAUCGUUCUCGGCGAGAAUGUGAGUUGAAAUGUUCAUCCCUGAGUACCUCACCCGAGUGACACGGUCCAGUGUCAUUCUCUCCACUUGAUCCGUACCGCUAACAUGCUCUGGCGCAUGAUGAAUGACCGCCAAGCGGAAAGCAUAUGAACAGUGAAGCAAACGAUAGAGGCUUUGAACUUUAACACCCAGUGACCACUUACCAGGGAUCAAGUUCAUUUCUGGAGCCCGGAGUCUUUCUAGAACCCUCUUGGCCUUGCUUUCUCUGGCUGUUUUCCCACAACAAGCGUUGGUAGUAGCGUACUCGCAAAUGAUGCAGAGAAUAUUGGGACCACAUCCUUUCCCCGGAAAUUAGUUCAGAUCCAUCCAGCUGCUGAUGCCCCUCCGAGCUGGCGCCCUGCCCGAUUGAGGUGGACAAGAAAGCUGCUCGUUCUCAUGCUCUUCUCGUCCCUGGAAAGCAAUAAUAAUGGUUCCCCAGCGUAAUAGCAAAGGUAUCUAGAGCUUCACCCGGGUCAAAAGCCCCAGUGAACCAAGUUACUUAGGGCAUCCCAUCCCCUGUCAAAUCUUUCGAAUGUCCUUUGUGUUCAUUGUCCUGCUUGUCCGAAGCUAGAAAUGCAAAUCCUCCAUCUUGUCAUUCAGACACGUUGGAUUAGGAUUCGGAUUCCUGAAUGAUCUUCCAUAAUCAUAAGUGAAGCCCAGAAAAUAUGUCACCUCAAUAUUUAGGUCACUGCUCAGCAGAAAGGUGCAAUAUUUUUCCUUGUCCGAGGCCUGCUUUACUAAAUUCAUACACUGGUGAUGCCAAAACUCGUAAGUUCUCUCAGCGCUAAGUUUACGCGUCUCUUGCCGGCCGAGAAGACUCAUCAGGACUCCACAGCGACCCCUGAGUGCCCCGUCGUCACUCCCCCACCUGAGAGCCUCCUGUGCAGCUCAGCAUCCUCUUGGCUUUCCUUGUGUCUCCGGGUCCCGUGCAGAUGGAGACACGCCUUUGAGCAGGAAAGUGACCCGCUUUUCUUAUGUCACUUCCUGCACACUGUGUCUGUCUCGGGCCCCCUCUGUUUCUUUCCCCACCAGACCAUCAGAAUUAAGGUAGGACUGAUGAUGUGACUGGCCUGUCCUUUCCUGCCCACAAUGUGCAGCUCAGGACUGUCAUCUCUACCCCCGCAGCCCCAGCCCCUGGCCGGAGCUGCUGCGGGUCAGGCUUUUGACUGGGCCUCAAGUUAGCCUAAGUGGCUUUUCCCUUCUCAAAUAUGUAAGAAGGAGCCCGAAGCACUGUUGCUAUGAAAAAUGUUUACGGUCUCUGUGAGGUGAAACCAGGGCCUGCUGAUGCCUUGGCUGUCGGCCGGAAGUCUUGUUUGUCCCUUUGAAGCUAGGUCGCCUUUGCUACUGAAAACCAGGGCACCGUGUUGUUUGGAACGCAAGUCGGGGCUUAAUCCCUCGCCUCUCUCAAGGAAUAUGCCCGUUACUGACUUCCUUCCUUUCCUUUGAGGCGUGUUCUUGUACAACCCAGUUUUCCGCCACUGUAGUCCCCGAUGCAAGGAAGAGCCCCUGACGGUGCUUACUAGUCUUGAAUAAGAGAAAACCUCUGCUUCAAAGGCUUUCGAAAUCCUGGGAUUCCGAGGAAAACGGGGAUGAAUUUGGGCAGUCAUCGUGGGGCUUUUUGCUCAAAUAGACGCUGCAAAGCAAUGGGGAGACAUUUCGUCACUGAUGUUUGAGGGUUCACUUUUAUUUUCUCUCUCUCUCUCUCUCUCUCUCUCUCUCUCUCUCUCUCUCUCAUGUAGUUGCUUUAUGACUUUCAAGCCUAUGUACUGUUCUCUUUUUAUUUUUGCCAGUGCUCUGAGAUACAGGCUUCGUAAUUUAAUCACAAGCCAGGUGACUUCAGUAUUUGGGGGGGAUUUCGCUGCUUUUAAAACAGGUCUUUCCCGAAGUGGCCUCUGCUCAGAGGGUUCUCUAGAGAGGGAUCCAUGGCCCACACUCGGAGCUUGCGCAAAGCAGCCUCCUGCCAGCAGUAUUUCGAAAUGAGGGGCAGCUGUGGCCAGCGCCUCCCCAGCCAGAAAACCGACCGGCUCCAGGGCAAGGAGUGUGGCGAGAAGCGUUUGACCACCAACUCCCUCCCCAAGGGCCUCCACGUUUGAGCCCUGCCCCAGGUGAGGAGCGCGAACAGCAUCCCGCCUGGACCAGCUCUGGGGGCGUUUGCCCAGCUGGCCUUCUUGGUUUUUUCCCCCCUUUGCUGUGGUCGGAGUUUGAGGCACAGUCUUAAUUGUGAGGCUUCUCAGAAGCCCCUUCAAGAAUACAGUAGGCGGGGUCAGAGCCGCAGGAGGACCGCGGGGAGGGCGUGGGCCUUGCACCCAGCUGACCCGGGUUCGAUCCCCAGCACCCCCUACCAGGAGUAAUUUCUGAGCACCGCCAGGUGUCACCCAAAAACCAAUAAAUAAAUAAAUAAAUAAAUAAAUAAAUAAAUAAAUAAAUAAGCGCCAAAAGAAUACAGCUAGCCAGAAAGAGUUUGGGGGCUUUGUGUGAAAACUACUGAAAUUUUGUCACGAGUGUCACCCCUUAUCCAGAAGCGAGAUUGUGUCGGGCUGGUCUUACACAGCAGUGGGACACGGAACGAAGCACCAGUCCCUUCACGUCCCUGCCACUGUUCCCUUGGAGGCGCUGUGGCAGGGAACGGCAGGGCCCCGGGUGUAGCCUCGAGGGAGGGCUGGGAGGACGCUUUGGCCUCCAGGUGGAGCUUGUAAGGCCUCGCCUGAGAGGUUUGCCAGUUGGAGCCUCGCGCAGCCAACUGAGUCACGACGAUCCUUCCUGUCGUUUUGGCGAGGGGCUUCCCAGAGAUGCAGUAUUUCAAACCCGGUGACGGUUCCCCUGGGCCCUGAGGGUUCUGAGCAGAAUUUGAAAUUUUGAACGGCGCCACCGGAACUGCAGAGAGAUGACGGGGCUGGAGGCGUUGCUACCCAGUUGCAGUGCUUUGGGGUCGAAUCGGUCUUCUCCAGACAAACAAGAAGUGUCUGCGCAGGCAUUGUGGGUGUCAUGAGCUCUCCUCGAAGACCCCACUCACGAGUAUUUACCAAUAAAUACUGAAUUAUUGAGGUGGAGGGGAAGGACAGAGAAGCUGAAAGCCACCAGGCUUCGAGAAGAUGAAACCCAGACACCGAUAUUUGUGACGAGAUCAGAACCGUGGGGGGUGGGGGCGCCGGGGUCGGGGUCGGGGCCCCAGUGAGAAUGUGCCAGAACUCCAGCCACGCCUCCUGCCGUGCCCGCUGACUCAGGUGCUCCUGGGAAGCCCGGCGCUAUGACCUCUGGGAGUGAUGCGCGCUUCCCUCUCCCCCCCCCCGCCCCCCGUUCCCGAGAUGCGGGUGUGAGCGCCCGCCUUUGCCUCAGCUGCCGGCAAUCGAAUUUGCCGUUUUCUGAACUUCUUUCUAUGGAAAUAAAUUACUUAAAGCUACA